AUGUCAUUCAUGAUUUCUGAACCUGUCAAUCCGCCUGCGCUGCAGGACCACGAGGCCCUGAGAAGAAAGUUCGAAGAGAAUGCCGGCGCCAUAUUGAAUGGCGUAGAAUCGACAAGCCAGGUCUCUUAUGACUGUGAUGCGCUCCGUGGACUGGGCAUUGUUCUCCAACAUUUCGAUGUCACGGAUGACCAAGAGUCCCCCGACUUUAAGCCUUUAUCUAAGGAAGAAUACAGCACGCACAAAAUCGACAGCACUGGGAUUCCCAAACCCAAGCGUCAUCACUAUGACGAUUUCGACGUGCUCUUCAAUUGGUCUUCUUCGUCAUGGCCACUGUCAGAGACAGAACUUAUAUGUGAGGAGGGUUUUCAAAUCGUCAGACAUACUGACAUCCCCAAGGACUACUCCAAGAAAGAUCAUACCGACAUUACCUCUUCGCUAGAGCAACCCGACUCGAACUGGUAUCAAAUCUUGGCCGAGCAUUCCUGCAAUGAUGGACUACAAGGAAUACUAUAUGGUUUAGCUACUAGGCAUUCAAAACCUCUCGGUCUUUCAAAAUGGGGAGCUUUAACUUGGCGACAAUGGCAGGAGUACCACCACGUGAACCCGUACCACCCUCUGAACCCGUACCACCACGUGAACCCGUACCACCCUGUGAACCCAGACACAAUCCACCCACAUGUUAUGCUUAUGAUAUGCACUGGAGCGGUGGCCGAGUCUAAUAACCUUCUCCAUGGCGAGAUUGGGACGAUUGUUGAUGCAAUCCAGUGCCGUCUCUUCCAGUACCAGUUUAGGCACACUUCGACGUUUCCGGUUCUCGUCAUUUCGUUGUUUGGCGCAAGACAGGGGCGUAUCCUCUCCGCCCGAUUCAAUAUUGACGGCACUCUGAUUGUACGAGCGUCAGAUACUUUCGAUUUCAAGCAGAAGAACCAAGAAGGAUUUGACCUCUUCACGCGCUACUACUACUCCGAACCCAGAGAUGCGGCCAUGUUCAAACUCUUGCUCCUGCCGAAAAGUCUCCAUGGCCCACCAUCACUGUAG